AAUGUCAUGUAGGAUAUUUUGGUUUUGCAUGUGAAAUUCCCUGUCGCUACCCAAACUUUGGAGACAAUUGCCAGUUAGGGUGUCGAUGUAACGAGGAAUUUUGUGAUCAUGUAAAUGGAUGUCAAGAAUGUCCACCUGGUUUCCGAGGAAAAACAUGUCAACAAAAUUGCUCGUAUCCAUAUUUUGGUGUAAAUUGCAAGUCAAAAUGUAACUGCAGAAAAGAGGAGUGUAAUUAUGUUACUGGUUGUGAAAAAUGUCCACCUGGUUUCCAAGGAAAGGCAUGUCAACAAAAUUGCUCAUAUCCAUACUAUGGUGAAAAAUGCCAGUCAAAAUGUGACUGCAGAAAAGAGGAGUGUAAUUAUGUUACUGGUUGUGAAAAGACAGGAGAGCAUAAAGGAAAAGAAAACAACUUUUUGAUAGAUGUUUUUUCACAGGGUGUCCACAGAGUUCCAGAGGAAUGCAUAUAUUUCAUAUCAGGCUGUGACGUAGGUUAUUUCGGUCUAAGAUGCGAAUUGCAAUGUCGCUACCCAAACUAUGGUUCAGAGUGUCAGUCAGAGUGUAAAUGUAACAAGCUAUACUGUGAUCACGUGAGCGGAUGUUUUGGUAAAACUUAUUUAUUCCAUACAGACUGUAUGAUUUGUGUUAAAACUCUUAUAAUCUGUGGACAAAAAUAUGGAUGA